CAUCUUUCUUCAGGCCGCGCCCAGAGGCUGACACAGUUGCCAGCCGCACCGAUCAUGGCCGCAGCCGCUCUGGGGCAGAUCUUGGCCCGAAAACUUUUCCCUGUGCCUUGGCUUCUGUGUGGGUCCAGAAGAUGUAUGUCCUCCAACUUCAAGGCCGCAGACUUGCAGCUACAGGUGACACAGCGGCCACAGAGGAAGCCCAGCUCCAACGAGCAGCUGCUGUUUGGGAAGACGUUUACAGACCAUAUGCUGAUGGUGGAGUGGAGUGGGACGACAGGCUGGAGCCCACCUCGCAUCCAGCCCUUCCAAAAUCUCACACUGCACCCAGCCUGCUCUGCCCUCCACUACUCCCUGCAGCUCUUCGAGGGCAUGAAGGCUUACAAGGGCAGGGACCAGCAAGUGCGCCUCUUUCGACCCUGGCUCAACAUGGACAGGAUGCUGCGCUCGGCUCAGCGCCUGUGCCUGCCAAGUUUUGACAAGCUUGAGCUGCUCGAGUGCAUCCGCCAGCUCAUCGAGGUGGACAAAGACUGGGUUCCUGAUGGUGCUGGGACCAGCCUGUACGUGCGACCUGUGCUCAUCGGGAAUGAGCCCUCGCUGGGUGUCGGCGCGGUCACACAAGCCCUCUUGUUUGUCAUUCUCUGCCCUGUGGGCUCCUACUUUCCUGGAGAUGCCAUGACCCCUGUCUCCCUCCUGGCUGACCCGAAAUUUGUCCGAGCCUGGGUGGGUGGAGUCGGUGACUACAAACUGGGGGGGAAUUAUGGGCCUACCGUGGCAGUGCAAAAAGAGGCCCAAAAGCAGGGCUGCGAGCAGGUCCUUUGGUUGUACGGGCCAGACCAUCAGCUGACUGAAGUGGGCACCAUGAAUAUCUUUGUCUACUGGACCCAUGAGGAUGGGGUGCUGGAGCUCGUGACGCCCCCGCUGGAUGGCAUCAUCCUGCCUGGAGUGGUCAGACAGAGCCUGCUGGACCUGGCUCAGACCUGGGGUGAGUUCCGGGUGGCCGAGCGCAAGAUUACCAUGAAGGAAUUGCUGCGAGCGCUGGGGGAAGGCCGUGUGCGGGAAGUCUUCGGCUCAGGCACUGCCUGUCAGGUCUGCCCGGUGCAUCGGAUCUUGUACGAAGGCAAGCAACAUCACAUUCCCACCAUGGAAAACGGGCCUGAGCUCAUCCUCCGCUUCCAGAAGGAGCUGAAGGCUAUUCAGUACGGAGCCAGCGCCCACGAGUGGAUGCUCCCGGUGUGAUGCUUCGGGCUGUGCCCACAGGGCUCAGAUCAACCUGUAGCACCCAGUACCGCCAUCCUUGCCUCGCUCCCAGAGACUCACUGAAGUGCAAUAAGAAAAGGCCAGGCCGGACGCCUGGGUCACUGGCGCCCGCCAAAGCCUUAAGGGCCGGACCUGGCGGUUUGGAUCUCAGCUUCAGGCUGCAGGCCUCCGCAGCUGCUCAGUGUCAUGGGGUCAAGGGGGCAUCUUGGCCUCCGCUCCAUAUCUCCGUUUUCAGGCCGGACCCGGGUGCUGUAUUACUCUCAGUCCUUGCUGCAAUUUUGAAAUAAAAUGCCAAAGAACAAGACAAUA